UAGGAUGACAACUAACGUGGAUCUGAGAGGGACAAAGCAUCUACCUUCUCACCUCAAUGUAGGAACGACCUUCAUCGUAACAUGCAGAAGUUUAAGCAUGCAAAUUAUCACUCUAGUUUAGUGUCUGUCCUUACUGACCCCGGCAUUAUCGCACGUCUUCGGCCAAGACGAUUGCGUUAUCAGUUCAACUCAAAAUUCUUCCAAGUUUCAAUUUCACCCACUCGAUUUAUCUAUGUUGUUACAAUAAAUUAAUCAAGAGAUAAUUAAAAUGAGACCAGACAUUGAAAGGCAAGCCGAUGAGCAGAGACCACUGCUAGUCAGGGACGAGCCAGCACACGCUACACCAGGAGCCGUUCAGACCCAGCAAUCGACCGGAUUUGGAAAGCAUCUCAAUGCUUUCAACGGGUACGCCUUGUUGAUAGGUUGCAUUAUUGGUUCGGGAAUAUUCGCCUCUCCUGCAGCAGUGGACACGAAUGUGCCUUCUCCUGGUGCUGCCUUGCUCAUAUGGUUGAUUGGAGGCUUGCUUGCCUGGACGGGCGCAGCAACGCUUGCAGAACUGGGCACUGCGCUUCCCGGAGAGGGAAGCGUGCAAGAAUACCUCAAAUAUAUCUACGGGGACUUCGCCGGCUUUCUUGCCGCGUACACAUGGAUCGUCGCCAUUGUGCCGUCUACGCUCUCGUUGCUAUGCAUCGUUUUCGUCGAGACUGCUUACAGUGCCGCAAAUUCUGCUAGCAAAGGUACAGCAUCGGGAUGGGAAUACAAAUUUAUAUCCAUCUUAGUUCUAAUAAUCAAUGUCAUGCUAAAUUGCAUCAACACCAAGACAAGCGCUCGACUGGGAAACUUCUUCGCUCUCGUUAAGUUGUUUUCUGUAGCGCUCCCGGUUUUAGUCGGUCUAGCUGUCGCCAUUAUCUACGGAGUUGAUCAUUCCAAAGACUUCGGCGGCAAAGAUUGGCAUGAACGAGGAUGGUUCACCACUAGGCCAAGCGUAACGCCAGGUGGAACCAUCAAUUGGGACGACGUUUCGAUGUGGAAGGCACUGGGCCAUUAUUCGACAGCUAUCUAUGCUGGUCUUUGGGCCUACUGCGGUUGGGAUGGGGCGAACUACAUUGCUGCGGAACUUCAGAAUCCUGGGCGACAACUUCCACUUGCUUUAAACACUGCAAUUCCUACAGUAAUUGCAAGUUAUGUGCUUGUUAAUGCGGCAUACUAUAUCCUCCUGCCAUGGAAUGAGAUAGGCUUGACGGAUGCCAUAGCCAUUAAUGCUGUGAAGGGCCUGUUGGGCAAAGGAGCGGGAAUUGUUUUCGCAAUUCUGAUAUGCCUUGUAAUCAUUGGUGCUAUCAAUAGCAAUGUCUUCGUGGCUGGACGACUGACGGUUGCGGCUGCUAAUAAGUCUUACAUUCCUUACUUCUUUGCAUAUAUUGGCAGCAUAAGACAUCAACCUUCGCGUACGGAAAAGUUGCGAUUUGAUGCUCCUUUCAAUGCGUUGAUACUGAGCACUCUCUUGGCAAGUGCUUACAUGCUGAUCGGUAACUUUCGUGCUUUGCUUACCUUUAUUGGAUUAACUCAAUACACGUUCUUCUUCUUUACUGUGUUUGGCGACGUAAUUCUGCGCUUUAGGCAACCAGAACUUUCAAGGCCAUUCAAGCCGAACAUACUCAUUCCUGUGAUUUUCAGUCUGGUCUCCGCGUUUUUGGUCAUCAGAGGAGCAGUAUUUUCCCCCAUUCAGCUCGGUGUGCUUGUUGCGGAGCUAGGACUCGGAGGCCUCAUUUAUUGGAGCCAGAAGGUUUGGAUAAAAUGCAUCAACGGAAGAAGGAGCUGAAUCUGUGCGAAUUUUCACCAAUUUUGGCAUGAUUUAUAGACUUUUGACUAGAUAUGUUGCAUAACAUCAUUGACAAUAUCGCCACCAAAGGUAGCUCCUGCUCCCCACAUCAUGGCAUUUCCGAA